UAAGCAUCAGUUUUAGUUUCCAAAUUAUUUUUCUAAAUUUUUUUUUUUCACCCAAAAUUCCAUUUUGAAAUAAAAAUCAAAAUUCCUGUAAGAUGUCCAAAGCCAAUGAUGAUACCAAGAAGAUCAUGACUUGCGACUUUGAAAUUAAGGGAAAAAUCCCUAAGGAGGCGUUCGAGAUAUUCGCUGCGGCCCAGGCCAAGAUCCUGGGAUUGCGCGGCUACAUCACCCAGGUCUCUGAGGAGUGCUUCAAGGGUCAACUGCAGGGUGAGGGCCGUGUCAUCGAGGCCUUCAAGCAACUAGUCGUUUCGGCCGCCGAAUACGUGGCUGCCGUCAAGGAGUUCAUCAUCAAGAACCUCAAGGCCAUCGAUGACUACACCUACAAGACCUUCGAAGUGAAGGAAAAGUAGCAUCUAUAGAAGCUUGGCAAUCACCAAGAAAAGCUUGGAAGCUCUGACAUUCCACAAUAUACACUAUGCAAUACCCUAACAUUUCGCAGGUCGUGAAACCUGCCCCCUAGUUAUGAUGUGACAAUAAGUUAUUUUUUUUUUGUAAUUACAACACUUUAUACACGAUCUGAGUUGGCAAAACGUUAAAGAAAAGCCUUCGAUGUUAGAUCCUUGGUAAAGACUCUGUUGGACGAUUUACGAAUACUUUAGGAGCCGCUGCUCCAGCAAUUAGUUCGAGUUAUUAUUAAUCUGAACACCAGUUAACACGAUGUUCAAUAUACGAUCUGGAAAUAUCAAACCUGCCGUUAUGCUAUGGUUAUGCUGCAACCAUUAGUUUGUGUUCCAUUUUUCUACCCAUUACGAUCCCUGAGAUGUCCCGUGCUUAGACGAGCCUUGGUACUUUUGCAUCCAAGGUAAAGACUCUGAAGGAACAUCCAGAAAACUAUUGGCGCUGAUGGGAAGCUCUAGUUCUACUUAUUGUUUAUUAUUUGGGAAAAUAUUCCUUAAGGAGGAAACUGGCGGAGGAGGCCCCUGAACUGCUAUCUACACUUGUUUAGCGCUGAUGGGAAGCUCUAGUUCUACUUAUUGUUUAUUAUUUGGGAAAAUAUUCCUUAAGGAGGAAACUGGCGGAGGAGGCCCCUGAACUGCUAUUUCAACUUCUUUGUAAAGACACAUCGGCGGCUCUUGAUAUUUGGUACUUUCAGGACUGCUGCCAGUUAAAGUUACUACACAAAUUAUUUACGAAAAAUCUAUACGCCACAACCAAGAAACAAUCUUUAGCCUCUAGUGGUUAAGACUCGUAAUGAGUCGCAGGAAUACACACAUUAAAGAAACUGAAAUUACUCUGUGGCUCAUAAA